GAAGGAUUGUCAGAAACGUCUUGUAAAUUGUGCAGAGGCUAAUCAUUUUAAUAGUCAGUGAACAAUAAUAAUUAAUAAUGUCGGAGCGUAUUAUGGUAGACACCUCGACGUUGGUGAAGUACGAUAAUCCUAUACUGGUUAUCAAGCAUGAUAUGUCGAGGAAGGAAAUUGCAUCGAUUCAGCCGUGCAAAGCGAAAUCUACUGGUGCCGUGACAGAUGCCAAACGGGAAACGGAAGAGAUCCUGAAUUCGAUUCUUCCUCCGAAAGAAUGGGAGGAGGAAGGUCAGACGUGGAGGCAGCACGUCUCCACGACGCCGGCCACGCGUCAAGAUGUGGUCAAUUUGCAAGAGCAGCUCGAUAUGAAAUUGCAGCAAAGACAAGCGAGAGAAACUGGGAUUUGUCCGAUCAGACGAGAGCUGUACACGCAGUGCUUCAACGAGGUCAUCAGGCAGGUUACCAUUAACUGCGCGGAGCGUGGUCUGCUGCUGCUCCGAGUUCGUGAUGAGAUGAGGAUGACCAUCGAGGCGUUCCAAGCGUUGUAUUGCAGCAGCAUCGCGUUCGGGAUGCGUAAAGCUCUGCAAUCAGAGCAAGGAAAGACGGAUCUUCAGAAGGACGUGGAUCAGUUGAAGGAUGAACGCACAGAUUUGGAGAGACAGUUGGCCGAUCUGAGACAGCGUGCAGAGCAGGCUGAUCGAAGAGCGGCGGAACUGAGACAGGCGGAAGAGAGAAAACACGCAGAGGAGAUUUCAUUUCUGAAGAAGACCAAUCAGCAGCUGAAGGCUCAGCUAGAAGGUAUCAUCGCCCCCAAGAAAUAAGGAUUUCAAUAUCGAAAUUCGAGAAAAAGGAGACUAUUACA